CUGUGACUUUAAUUACAAAAUAUAACAUGGCUGACUGCUUGUAGCUUGUAGUUCUUGUUCUUGAAGCAGAGUUAAGUUGUAGAUGUAGAUUAGGGCGAGUUGUAUAAGAAAGACCUAAUUAUUUAAUGGUCCAUCCUGUACCGUAAUAAAAGUUAGGUGUUACAGAACUUAGUGAAGUGAUGUGUAUACGAAAAUAUAUUUGUACGACUGCUCUUAUUGCUUUCUGUAAAAACAGUUUUUCUGCGCAAUGUUUUUACUGAAUAUUGUUCAAUGACCCUACCUAUUAGACAAUGUUAUCAUAAUGCUCAUGGAGGAAUAAUCUAAUAAUUAUUGUAAUUAUUAGAAUUUUUCAUUGAUAACACUUUUGAAGAUGGAUAAAGAACAAGAGUUAAUAAUUCCCUUAUCUUCAGGGAAAAAUUCGGAAUCGUGGCAUCGCCGAGCCGGACUCCUGCUCCUUCCCCGCGCGCAAUCGUGUCGAGAUUCCCCAUCGAUCGGCCGGGAGUAAGAUACCCCCGGCCAGGACGAGGGACCACUAUUCUACCGUUUGGUGGUGUUAGUAGCGAUCGCGAUGUUGCAGGAAUAAGUAUUUGGUCGGACAGGUGGUGGUCGAUAUCGACGUGACUAGAAAAGCAGGAGAACCUCUACUGGUGGAGGAGGAGAAGGAAGUGCCGUACAACAGAUGAAUGCGGCGCAAGCGGAGGAGAACCGGACAGUGACGAGGACGUCGUCACCAGCUACCCUCAGGUGUACGACGCAGGCGUGCCACCCGAAAACAUGCUGCCUACGGCCGCCCCGCGGCCGCCAGCCGGCCCCCUGCCUACCAUCAGUGUGACGCCCCACUCCCCAGCCGCGGCAGCUCCACGAACCUAUGCCGCUGUUCUCGAAGACAGCCUGCAGCAGGUGCGCGAACUCCACGAGAGCGUGCAGCUUAUGAGGAACGCCACUGCUUCCAACACCAAUUACUCCCACAACCCAAGAGACUUUGUUACUCUUGCUCUGAAUCCUUUACUGGCCCAGGUUGCUAGGCUUAGCGCUAGCUGUCCAGUGCUGAAUGAGGCUGGACAGGAACCUGAAACGUUGGGAGGUUCUCUGGGAUCCUCUCCCUUACACCAGCCUCCAAGUCGCAAAGGCAGUGGGGCUCAAGAUUGGUUAUCACAACCUGAGACUCAAAGAAGAAAAUCAUGGACAGCACUGGAAGAUUUAUCUGGCGCUGGCAAAGUGAAACAUACUCGACAAAGGAGUAUAUCUUUGAGUUCGAUGGAAUCGGAAGCAGACGAGUCUUCUCUGAUCGACAACGUAGAUGGUAGUACGGUUAGGCUGUUAGGUCCCGACGCACCUAUAAUAAUCAGACAUAGGACCAGGGCUUCCACAGGUGGCGCUAGUACGCAUUCUUUGAACGAAGCAGACCUACAGAAUGACUUCAAUAAAAUCAAGGCAAAACGCGAGGCUGAACAGCUACGUCUGCAACCCCAAAGACUGCCUCUGCAGAAAUCAGUGUCUACGCCCUCUAUUAUCGCUGUCAGAGAUUUGGCCCCUGAACCUGCGUUAGUCGGUGGUCAGCCCACUCUUCCCAUCUUGGUGUGUAGGGGCAGACCCAGUGGCACCGAGAGCGAGACAGAAGAGGAAGGCAGCCGCUCCAGCCACGCCCACUACGACAUCCAUUUCAAGGAACACCUUCACCAUAUCGCAUACGAUCGGCAUUCGGAGAAGAGACGGAAACGGGGAAGUUUGUUUUUCAGAAAGAAGAAGGACAAAACCAAGAAGUUUGCUCAUCAAUGGGUAUCAGCCUGCUAUGGAUCCUCUCAAAUAUGCGAUCUGUGCAACAAGCCGUUGAGUAAUAAACCAGCCUUAUAUUGCGAAACUUGUGGAACGACAGUUCAUCAGAACACUUGUAAGGAUAACAUUGUUGAAUGCGUCAACGUAAAAAUCAAAGGUGCUAAAAGUGCAAGUAAGCUGAGUGGAUUUGGAGUACCUUUAACUUCAGGAAAAAAUCUGACUUCGAAACGAGGUUCAACAUCCGUUCCGAACUCCAUGAGUACUUCUUCAAGCCAAAUUCUUUGCGACGAUAAGGAUAACGAUUCACAUCAUGGACAUCAGGAUGCUGCUAACUAUGGCGAUGAUGUUGCUUUGGUUCAAUCAGAGUUUUUAUCCGAUAUCACGGUCACAGCAUCCGAUUUAUGUCCUGACUUGAGUUUGGGAUUUCACGAAAGCGAACCUGACUCAUGGACGCCUCACGCUGGCAAGGAAAUCGCUCGCAAAUUGAAAGAAAAGGAAGUGAAGAGACAAGAGCACAUCUACGAAUUCAUUUUAACGGAGAAGCACCAUUGCAUGACGCUAUUAGUUAUGCAAAAAAUCUUUGUAGAAGGUAUUUCGAAGUAUUUCAACCUGGGUCCCAAUUUAGAAAGAAUGUUUCCUAGGCUAGCUGAUCUCACUGAACUCCAUUUAGGUUUGUUAUCCAGACUGAGACAGCGUCAAAGGGAGAACGCUGUGGUCAGCUCGAUUGCAGAUAUCCUGUUAGAACAGUUUUCUAAUAUUCAUGCUUCCAAAUUAAAGUCUGCCUAUGGUGAAUUUUGUAGUAGACAUCGAGACGCUGUAGAAAUAUAUAAGUUUUAUUUGCAAAACGACGCAAGAUUUGAAGAAUUUGUAAAGCAUUGCCAAACAAACCCUCUGUUAAAGAAGAAAGGCAUUCCUGAAUGUAUAUUGUUUGUCACGCAGCGCCUUACGAAAUAUCCUUUGUUGAUCGAGCCUUUGAUUAAAACAAGCAAGGAAAACCGCCAAGAACAAGAGGCACUGCAAAAAGCCUUAGGUUUGGUUAAAGAAAUUCUAGUUGAAGUGGACUCUCAGGUAGCAGAAAAGGAAAAAGAAGACAGAAAAUUAGAAAUAUAUCAUAGAAUUGACGCGAAAUCCUUUACAAUUCAUCGAGGUCAUAAAUUUAAAAAAUCUGAUAUCUUGCAAGGUAACAGGUCUUUGAAAUUUGAAGGAGUUGCAAUGCUGAUGCAAGGAAGAGGGAAGAUGCAAGUAGUCUUGGUAAUAGUGCUAUCAGACGUCCUCUUUUUCCUUCAGGAGAAUUCGCAUAAGUAUAGCUUCUUUACGCCUGACAAUAAGGCUGGCGUAGUCUCUCUACAAAAGUUACUAGUAAGAGAAAAAGCAGGCCAAGACUCUAGAGGAAUUUAUUUGAUAUCUUCCAACCCUGCUGAUCCAGAAAUGUUUGAGCUUAAAGUUCAUAAACCGAAAGAUAAACAAGUUUGGAUACAAGCUAUAAGGGAUGCUGUUCAAAAUUGUCCAGAAGAAGAUGAAACUGCCAAUAUGUCUGCCGAAGAUAAACAAGGUCUUUUAAAUGCCAAGCAGCAUCAAGUGCGGAAUUUGAUAGCUUUGCUAAGACAGAACGAUGUGGAACAAGCCUUGUUAUUGGAAGAGAAGAUGUCGCUGCAGUUGCGUCUUUUGGCAGCUUCAGGGUUAGAACCGCCUUCGCCGCCUUCUUACAGGCAUUUAGUAAGCGAGAACGCCGAUACAGGCCAAAUGUGGAAAGAAGUUUUAACAGCUGUACAGGAAGUAAAUCAGUUGGCGAGUUCCUUGUACGCCACUGGUACGAAUUUGUCGAGAAGCGUGAGCUCGGCAGGGGAACACCAGAGCGAAACAUACGUUUCUCCUAUACUCCCCAAGCGUGCCGAGACUUUUGGCGGCUUUGACAAUAACCAGGUUCCCUUGAAAGCCAUGGGGAAGAAGCUGUUGCAGAGCUCAACCGGGGGCACUCCUGCCAGUUCACCUGAUUUCGAAAAUCUGAAACCUGGCGAUUCAAGACUCUUUGAGCGGUUACCUUAUAGAAACUGUGUAAUAACUGGAAAGCCUUUGAUCAACGGCUCCUCCUUGAAUAACGAGCAUCAUCAAUCAGCGCAGCAGAUCCAGCGCCACCACCAGCAGCAGGCUCAAAUGGCUCAAGUCACGCAAUUGGCCAACUCGCAACAACUAACAGCUCCCCCUGACGCACCAGCCUUGCUGUCUUUGGGCCGAGAACAACAGUAUGCAGCUAUUCAACUUAGUCACUAUGUCUACACAUUGCUCUGUAUAAUUUCUCAAUUGAUGACUACGAAUGGAAGUUUACAAGCUCAAAUGGUGAACGUUAAAGGAUCUGAUAAGCAAUAUCGUCACAACCAACAGUUGGAAGAGUUGAGAAACCUACAGGACAAACUAAGCGGGGAAAAAGCUUCUUGGGCGGCUAAUAAAGAAAAAGAAGAACAAGAAUUGGAAGAAAAACGACAAGAAUUGCUUCGUUUACAGGAGCAAAUAAGGGCCGAACAAAAUGAUAUAACCCAACAAAGAGAACAACUGUAUCGAAAAAUGGAAGUACUUACAAGUCAAGGUCUACUUAUCUCUCCCAACGUGGCCAUACCAGUGACAGGUCAGUUGGAUGACAGUAGUAAAGACAGUUCAGAAGAAAGUAGUCCUCAGUCAUCAGACACUUCGUCGGCAGCAUCAGCCUUGAGUUCUACACAAAGUUCUACAAGUCACAUAGCCUCAGCAAGUGAUAAGAGAAAAGAAAGCAAAUGGGCCAAAAGUAGUACUCAAUCUAAGCAGCUACCUUUAAAUUUGAUAUCCGCUACGAAUCAGCAGAAAGCAUCCCAAAAUCUACCUAUCAAGCAACAAAUUCCUCUUAAGUUAGCUUCGAGAUUGAGCUCUGGAUCAGCUGAGUGUAAGAUGGCGCCUUCAGGGCCACAACAGAUGCUGCCCUUGAAGUUAAGCCAGGAUGAGAAAAGUAGAAGGGCAAGUUCAUCAGGAUACCAAAGGUUGUCUGAGAAUAGCUUUAGCCCACCGUCUGAAGAAACUACUCCAACAACUCAUUCCCAUUUUCGGACUGGCUCCAGUCCGGCAAUGAUGCAGCAAUCUCCACCAUCUUCUGGGUCUUCCAGUCAGUGCCAGAGUCCUAGCAGUGCCAAAGCUACUCGUACCCACACCUACCCAAAAAUUCCGGAAAAAUUCAAAGUUCGGGGCGAUCAACCUCUAUCUCAAGACGAGGAAGUGAUAUAUUUCUGACGACGCUGGAAAGCGACAAGUUUCCUCAGCUCUUUGAUAAGAAGUAAGGUGUAACUAACCUAUAAAUGGCCUGGUUUUCAAUGAAGUAACAGAAAUAACUGUCAGUUCGUCACAGAUAUACCCAUCCACCUCUCCAUCUUGGUUCAUACUUCUGAUAUUAGUCCUAAUCUUAAUCUUACUAUUAGCCCUAGUCACAGAUUAAGUAUCCCUUAUCUUAAGAAUAUUUUGGUCUUUGGUUGGCGCUCACACAAAAACAUUGGUAUUUUUAAAACUAAGACACUAAUUUACACAAUGAUAGCGUUCCCUUGUUUGUGAACAAAUAUUAAUAAUUACCAAACCAAAAAAUAGAUAAUUUUAUACCAUUUUGUAAACCUUCAAUUAACAUGUGAAAUACUUAACAUGUGAAAAUUCUUAAAAACUCCAAUUUUGGGCUUGCGCAAAUGAUUUUUGAAUUAAAAUUAGUCUUAAGAAUAUAAAAUAUCCCAUAUUUCGUAGGACCCUUAGGACUCAGGCUCUUUUACGUUUAUUCAUAUUCUUGAGAUUAGGACUAAUGUUAUUGUUGGGAUUAAGAUUGGAAGUAUCAACCGGCCAUUAAUAUUCAGGAUGAUUUUUAAGUAUGUGGAUAAAAUGUUGGACCGGUUUUUAAAAAGUGAAAUGAUAUAGAAAUACAGGGAGUUUAAUGUUUAAAAAUACAUAUAAACUUGUAAAGGUUUAAAGAGACAGAAUAAUGUUUUACAGAAUUUAAAUUCAAGUUUCAAAUGUUUGACAAAAAUAUGAGUAAAGAGAUGUCGUUUGUUUAAUAAAUUUUCUGUAUAUGUCUAAAA